AUGGCUGCAUGUGCCUGGGCCGGUGCGCCAAGGAGAGGCCGGUUGGGAACAAAGGAACCCCCAGCGUCCCCAGCUGGACUAUUCUUGACGCAGGUGACUCGGGACAGGAUGGGUUUCGCGUUUCUGAUUCUAGAUUUCGACGCUGACGCGAGCACGCAAAUGGGACGCAGAGCACGUUUGACCUAG